AUGACACCACUGAUGUCUCUUUUCAUUGUGCUGCUCAUAGCACCGCUGUUGGUCAGUCAUUGCGCCACCGUUAUCAGAGUUCCCCUGCACAAAACCAGAAGCCUGCGCCGCCUCAUGAGCGACAAUGGCAUGUCCGUGGACGAACUUCGGGCUCUGGCGGACGAUGGCGGAGCGGCGGGCGGCUCUCCGUCCCUCGGCCUGCCCGUGGAGAGACUGACCAACUUCAUGGAUGCCCAGUACUAUGGCGUGAUCAGCAUUGGCACCCCCGCUCAGGACUUCAGCGUUCUGUUCGACACGGGCUCGUCCAACCUGUGGGUCCCCUCCAUCCACUGCUCCUUCUACGAUCUGGCCUGCUGGGUUCAUCACCGCUACAAUUCAAAGAAGUCGAGCACGUACGUGAAGAACGGCACAGAGUUCUCUAUCCAGUACGGCAGAGGCAGCCUGUCCGGCUUCAUCAGCCAGGACACCGUCACUGUGGCAGGCCUUGCUGUGCCCGGUCAACAGUUUGGAGAGGCAGUGAAGCAGCCUGGAAUCACUUUUGCCGUGGCCCGCUUCGACGGCGUGCUGGGCAUGGCGUACCCCUCCAUUUCUGUGGCCAAAGUCACCCCUGUGUUUGACACCGCCAUGGCUGCCCAGCUGCUGCCCCAGAACAUCUUCUCCGUCUACAUCAGCAGAGACCCGACGGCAGCGGUGGGAGGAGAGCUGAUGCUGGGAGGGACUGACCCACAGUACUACACCGGAGACCUGCACUAUGUUAAUGUGACCCGCAAGGCCUACUGGCAGAUCGACAUGAACAGCAUUGACGUUGGCAAUCAGCUGACUGUUUGCAAAACCGGUUGCCAGGCGAUCGUCGACACAGGGACGUCGCUAAUUGUUGGUCCUGUGGAGGAAGUCAGAGCACUGCAGAAAGCCAUCGGAGCUCUGCCCCUUCUGAUGGGAGAGUACUUAAUUGACUGUAAGAAGAUUCCAUCCCUCCCUGUGGUCUCAUUUAACAUCGGAGGGAAGUUGUUUAACUUGACUGGAGAGGAUUAUGUCAUGAAGGAGUCUCAGCUGGGUGUGUCCAUCUGCCUGUCGGGUUUCAUGGCCAUGGACAUCCCACCUCCAGCCGGGCCGCUGUGGAUCCUGGGAGAUGUGUUCAUUGGAAAGUACUACACUGUGUUUGACAGGAAUGCUGACAGAGUGGGGUUUGCCACUUCA